AAAUUUUAAACGUUUUUAUUUUACUAGUCAAAAUUCAGUCAAAGGUAGAUCAAAAUUUUAUUUUCUCAAAUUUUCGUGUUAAAAUUUUUGUGUUUGAAAAUGAAAACCAAUAGAAAAGACAAUACAGGAGGAAGAGAAGUGAUGCCGGGAGAAUUUCCUUUUGCAGUAUACAUGUCUGGCAAAAUCUUUUGCGGAGGUACACUAUUCGAGCCUGAUAAAUUUUUCACUGCUGGUGACUGCUUCACUGCAGUUGAAGACUUCAAAGUUGAGUCAGUCACUAUAAUUGCCGGCUCAGUGUCCAUUGAAAAAGGAUCAAUAGGAAGGCAAGAGAGGAAUCUCAAGUCCUAUAAAACGCACGAGAAAUUCAAGCAAAAAAGCCAUCCAGCGUAUUAUUUUCAUAAUAUAGCUAUUGCAUAUUUGGACACAGCGUUUACUAUCACUGAUUCUCUGAAGACAAUAACAUUUCCAUCUUAUGCCAACAACAAUUAUGAGCAAAUGUGGUAUGAUUAUGUAGCUUCAGGGAAAAGCUGUUUUGUAGUAGGGUGGGGGAAAAAUGCCGAUGGAACAAAGAUUAAUGUACUGAAAGCUGUUGAAGUAAAACCAUGGACGGACGCGGAAUGUUCUUCUUUGUCAAAACGAGAAGAAGAUAUGACUUCAAAAGGGGAAGCCUGUGCUUCAGCUGUAGCCUCAGGAGAUUUAAUUGUACCUGCAGAUGCAGGUAGUGCGUUGUAUUGUGAAGGUCAGGUUUACGGCAUGGUGACAGCUGAAAUUAGAGCUGGAAACAAAAGAGUAAUGGGUUUUAUACUUUUUUGGCCAUACCUAGAGUAUUUUAAUAUAACGAAAAAAGAAGUAUCCAGUGGUUCAAAAUUACACUUUUCUUUUUAUUUAAUACUAAUAUUCAUCACUAUACAAUUAUAUCCUUGAAAUAACA